CUUCCAUAGCCACUGUUCGGGUCGCACAAACCAACCCAAAACGUGUGUAAUGCUUUCUUCUCACCUCUGGAUUGGACGACCUUCUCCCACGCAUUUAGCCUGGUGAUGGUUAAAUAUGCCCCCAGAGAGCAAAUGUUUGUAUUCAUGGUUUAGUAUUCUGAAUUGCUUCUUGAGAAGUAGCUUACCUAAGAGAACCAACUGCCACAGGAUGACACUGUUAAUCGGAGGACUCGUCUGUUGCAUGUCGUUGCUCGCUAUGGAGGUCCAAGGAACAUACCGACUUCAUGGAGGAUACCAUCCUCGGCAGCAUCACGCAGACAGCCCUAUCAUGCCACCGCAAACAUUUCAGCGGAGUAUUCAACAGCAACAACCGUUUCAGAGUGCUCCACAAGGACAGCAACAAAUUGGAAAUGUUCAGCAACCAGCUCAGUUGUCUAAGAAUCAAAAAACGAUUGAUUUGGGAGGAACCCACUGCAAAAGCCGGCCCCUCGACCUGGUGUUCAUUAUCGACAGUUCACGUAGUGUGCGCCCCACAGAAUUUGAGAAGGUCAAAAUCUUCCUGGCUGACAUGGUCGACACCCUCGACGUUGGCUCGGAUGCCACGCGGGUGGCCGUCGUGAACUACGCUAGCACGGUGAAGAUCGAGUUCCUUCUCAAGACGCACUUCGACAAGGCAAGCCUGAAGGCAGCGCUGGCCCGCAUCAAAUCUCUAGCUGCUGGUACAAUGACUGGCCUGGCUAUCAAGACGGCCAUGGAGGAGACCUUCACUGAGGAGUCAGGCUCCCGGCUAGCUAACAAGAACAUUGCCAAGGUGGCCAUCAUCGUAACCGAUGGACGUCCCCAGGACACGGUGGAGGAGGUGGCCGCGGCAGCGAGGGUGGCAGGCAUCGAGAUCUACGCAGUGGGGGUGGACAGGGCGGACAUGAAGUCCCUGCGUCUCAUGGCCAGUCUGCCCCUGGAUGAACACGUGUUCUACGUGGAGACCUACGGCGUCAUUGAGAAGCUCACGUCCAAGUUCAGGGAAACCCUGUGUGAGGAUGCGAACGAGAUGAGUGGGAAUAAGCUGAGUGAAAACGCAUGCAUGUGUGAGGCUCAGAUUGCCUUCCAGAUGAAGAUGCAGUUCACCAUACAGGAGCUGACCAGCAAACAUAUCCUUUUACCUCACCAUUGUUUUAUAAUGGGUGCCGACCCCCACUUCCCUUUUGUACAACAAGCCGCCAUGCCAGUUUAG